AUGGAUAAACAUGGAUUUCUUUAUGUUUCUGAUUAUAAGAAAAAUGAAGUGAGACGAUGGAAAAUGGGUGAAUACAACAACGAAGGAGUUAUAGUGGCAGGUAGACAUGGACAAGGAGAUCGACUCAAUCAGCUCAAUUUUCCAGGUUUUAUCUUUGUUGAUGAAGAUCAAACUGUUUAUAUAACAGAUAAGUCGAAUCAUCGUGUAAUGAAAUGGAAAAAAGAUGCAAAAGAAGGAAUAGUUGUGGCUGGAGGAAAUGGUCAAGGAGGAAAUCUUAAUCAAUUGUCUGGUCCUGAAGGAAUCAUUGUUGAUGAUUUGGGUCAAAUCUAUGUGGCAGAUAGUGAGAAUCAUCGAAUAAUACGGUGGUGUGAAGGAAAAGAAGAAGGUGAAGUUGUCGUUGGUGGAAAUGGUGGAGAAAAUCAAUUGAAUGGUCCUAUGGACUUAUCUUUCGAUGAUGAAGGAAAUCUUUAUGUUGGUGAAUGGGGAUAUCAUCGAAUUCAAAAAUUCGAAAUAACUUUGUGA